GAUCUGUGACUGACUGAUGGGUCUGUGCUUUCAGAGAGAGGAGACACCUGGAAGAGGAGCCUUCAGGCCUUGUUUGUUUUCCCUGAAUCCAGAGAUGUGUCCAGAUACGCGUUCCAGCAUUCCUCCUCCUCCUCCCCCCAGCAGUGUGUACCGUCCCCCGCCUCGGUGAUGCCUCGGCUCUCCCAGUUUGUCCCAGCUUUGCACUACUCUCUGGUUAAAGCCAGGGCCAACCCGCCUCUAAAACUCUCUGCUGGCGUGGAGCUGCAGACGCAGGAAUACCUGAGCGGCGUGACCCACGGCAGCGUCCAGCGGUUCCCCAUGGCUGAGUAUGACUCUGUUCUGGAUGACGAGCCCAAACCAUGCCCCCCUCAUCUGCGGGCCAACUCAGAUGGCUACCUGCGCUCCUACAUGUCCAACCCCAGCGUAUACCUGCUGUCGGUGGCCAUUGCCAGGCAAUUGGUGGAGACGCACUGCGGCCCCGAGCAGACGCUGGACAAAGCGUCCAGGAAGGAGGACGGCCUGAGGGAGCCAGAAGGACCCAAAACUCAGAAGAUGCAGCAGCUGCUGGACCAGAUUUUGACCUUUAAGACCAACGCAGAGGCGGAGGUGAGGAGGGAGGAGGAGGAUGUGAUCAAGGUACCAGAGAGGAAGAGGAAGCUGGAGCAGAAGAUGGCAGAGAGAACGCUGAAAUACUUCAAGGCGUCCGUGGAAACAGGAAAGCCAGACAGGAUUCCAGUUGGAGGAAACAAAAUCUCAGGAUCUCCUCUUUCCUUCGCAUCUAUAAUUACCUCGCUGGGUCUGAAGGAUGUCGAUCUUAGGGAGGAGGGAUCCGAAGUAACAGGCAAAUUUCUCCAUCAGCUUAAAGCCCUGGUUCAUUCUGCCAGUCGGAGCCCCUCCGAGGAGCCGGACGAAGGGCUGAAGGAGUCGAGUCCGUUUGGUCGCUUGGCCGUGAAGCUGGGCCUCCCCGCUAACUGUGAUGUGGACCUGAGGAAGCAGGAGGAGCUGGAGGAGCAGACAGCAGGCAGCGUCAGCAGUUUGGAGGGAUUCAGUCCCGGCUCGCACAGCGGGGAGCAGAAUCACCACGCUGGACGAGGAGCGAAGCUCGGGACGAAGGCGGCGGCGGCUCACGACGAGCAGGAGGAGGAAGACUGGGAUAUCCCAUGGGUCCUUAUUCCCAUAACAGGUCUUUGCUCAGAGAGGUACUCGCUGCGGGACGCCAACAUCCCACAGGACCCUCGCUUCCAGCAGCUCGACUCCACCGCGGGCAUCACCAUGGCAACCAAAUCGCCCAGGAGGAGCCCCGCCUUGUCUCCCGAGCAAAGCCCCCCUCUGCCGUACCCGUCCCCAGAAGCCAGCCCCCCUCCCUCCCCCUUUCAGUGCUCCUCGCCCAUCCCCAGCCCGCCAAACUCGCCCUCUCAGUGCCCCUCCCCUGAGCUCAGUCUGCCGCCGUCACCGUCUCAGUGCCCGUCCCCGGAGCCCAGCCCGCCUUCGUCUCCUUUUCACUGCCCCUCUCCCCAAUCCAGCCCCCCCACUUCUCCCGCCCAGUCUGCGCCACCUGAGACUCAGCCGCCUCAGCCCCCCUCCCAGUGUCGGUCUGUGGCUAAUGAUGGUGAGCCAGCUAACGAGCAGCAGCUUGCCCCCCAGGAGGUUCCAGGGGAGUCCGGAGAGAAGGAAACCAGCCUUCAGAGGACGGAGAUGACGACCCAAGAAACCCCAAGAGCCCCCCCUCCAGCUCCGGCUCUAAAGUCUUCACUCCCUCACUGUGAGGAGACGGAGCGAGAAGCAAAGAUGGAGGGACUGAAGGUUGAACGGAUGAGUUCUGGGGAGAAGCAGCAGAAAGGAGACAGGAAGUCAGUGGAAGAAAUGGAGACAGCCGGUGAGCAGGUGGACGAGCCGUCCUCCUCCAGAGCUGCCUGUCCCAGCAGAGAUGUCGACAGCGUUGUGGACAAAAACCUCGAGGCCUUUUCCUCUGACCUGCAGCUCCUCCUGCAGGAUGAAGGUGUGAACUACAGCUUCCCUCAGCUCUCACACUGCGCUCUGACCACGCAGGCUGACCGCAGCGUGCUCCCGUACGCGGCGCUGCCUCAGUUUUCACCCUACGUGUCUUUUUACAACCACUACCCCCCUGUCAGCGACUACGUCAGCUCGCUGAGUGACGGCAUCGCCCGCCUGCUGGCCCAGUUGGACACGAGCUGGUCGAGGCCAACGGCUGGCGGUCGGACUCCUGUUGACUCCUCGUUGGCCAACACCGUCAGCGACUUUGUGGCCAGCGUCAGAGCAGGUCAGGGGUCAUCGGGUGGAGCUGACGACACCUCGCCUCUCUGCAGCCAGCGGACGGCUGCCGAAGCGCUGCUGGCUGAAGGUCCGCCACCGUCCACAGCGGAGGCGGACUGGGGAGCUAACUCUACCCACUGGAGGAACCAGUUGACGGCAGGCGUCACACAUACUCAGGACGCCGCCGCUGAGAGGACUGCGCUCUGCACGGCUCCUUUAGAAGGUGAAGGAGGUCAGGCGGUGCUGAGCUGCACUGGAACGGUCCCGGUCCAGAGCUUUGGUUCUGAAACCUUCGACCCCGCCCCCGGUGCGAACUCUGCGGCCGUCCCAUCAACCACCCACAUAAACUCCGUGAUCGACCAGCUGGAGCCCAACGUGUUGAACAACCUGGCGGAGAUCAUCAAAGACAUCAAGAAGAAGUCGCCGCAGUUCUACGUCCACUGCACAGAACCAGGAGACCCGGUGUACGAGGAGGUCCAGGAGCAUCUGUUAAACCUGGGGAACGUCCAUCAGAGCCCGGUGGACUUCCUGCACCAGGACAACACAGAACACGGUCUGCUGGUCAUCAUCAAGAACAAGGACAUAGCUGGACACAUUCAUCAGGUACUGUUAGUCUCAUCUGGAGGCCCUGGUCCAGAUGCUGAAGGUCCAAGGAGACAAACCCAUCUGAGCUCAUUGCUAAAGAAGCUGGCUGUCCACAGGCUGCAGCAAAUCAGGAAAGUUGAGUGGAAGGAAAACCUGUAGUCAAAAUAGGCCUUGAUGCAGCUCUAUUAGCCAUCCGUCGACACCAGGUUCAAAAGCCUCUUAGUUUUAAUAAUAAUAAUAAUAAUACAUUUUAUUUAACAGCGCCUUUCUUGACACUCAAGGUCACUUUACAAAUAAUACAAAAAAUAAAUAAAAAGAGAUGAAAAUACAAAAUACAGA